GCCGUCCCCUCAGCGCCACCGUCCCCCCCGGGCCGCAGACAUGGCCAGCGGAGGGCUGCAGCUCCUGGGCUUCGUCAUGGCCUUCCUCGGCUGGAUCGGCAUCAUCAUCAGCACCGCCAUGCCCCAGUGGAAGAUGGCAUCCUACGCGGGGGACAACAUCGUCACGGCCCAGGCGCUCUACGAGGGGCUGUGGAUGUCGUGCGCCAUGCAGAGCACGGGGCAGAUCCAGUGCAAGGUGUACGACUCGCUGCUCAAGCUGGAGGGCAGUCUGCAGGCCACAAGGGCUUUGAUGGUGGCUUCAAUACUCCUGGGGCUCGUUGGAAUGUUUGUUGCUGUGACUGGCAUGAAAUGCAUGAAGUGCAUGGAAGAUGACCAGGUGAAGAAGAUGAGGAUGGCUGUCUUCGGUGGGGUGAUCUUCAUCAUUUCAGGUCUGGCAGCGCUGGUGGCCACCUCGUGGUAUGGGAACAGAGUGGCUCGGGCCUUUUAUGACCCUUUCACCCCAGUCAACACCAGAUUUGAGUUUGGGUCAGCUCUCUUCAUUGGCUGGGCAGCUUCAUCUCUGGCCAUACUGGGGGGAUCCUUCCUCUGCUGCUCCUGUCCACGGAGAGAAACUUCAUAUCCACCUACCCGAGGCUACCCAAAAAAUGCCUCCUCCACAGGGAAGGAUUAUGUAUAAUGAAACAAAGAAGAGGAGCCACCAGCACUGGUAGUGAAAGCAUUUUGGAGAGGACACUACAAUGCCACUGUCCUGAGCAGAGUCCAAGCUCUAGGUUCUGCCUUCCUCUUCUCCCAAAAAUGUGUAUAUUUUUGUAAUCCUCUUUGCUACUGGACGUAACUUCUCCUUUCUCUCCCAGCCCGUGGAGGAAGGCUAGCCUAGAUUCAUAGGUAUCGCCACUGGAAAGAUGAAACCUCCAAGCUUGGGUUAAGUUUAGUAUUUGGGAGUAAAAGGGAAAAUGAUACUGUUUUUAUAGACGGAUGUUGGUGCUUUUUUUAGUUGGUUGUUUUUAUUUUUUUUUUAAAUAGAUGGUAACAAUUCAGUCCCAUAUCCCAUUAAGUUAGAGCCCAGUGUGGUGUGUGUAGAAAUUAAAGGAACAUAUAUACAGAAUGAUGAAACCAAUAGCUUAAGGGGAAACAUAAUUUUGGGGAAAAGGCUUUACAUGUAAGAAUGUUUGAAGA